AUUCCAGCCGAAGGCCCCCACCCCCGCUCGACGCGCGCCCCCUCUCUUCUCCUAAGAGGCAUUGCCGCUUUAAGAGCGAGGAGAGAUUGACAAGCUCGAAGAGCCGCGGAGAACCGAGACUGAGCCGGAGCUACCCGGAGCAAAGGACUCCCCGGGGCGCAGGAGAGUUGCCUGACAACCACAGCUAUUCUCAUCAUGCCAGUUGCUGCUACCAACUCUGAGUCUGCUAUGCAGCAAGUCUUGGACAACUUGGGGACCUUUCCCAAUGCCACGGGAGCUGCAGAGUUAGACCUGAUCUUCCUUCGAGGCAUCAUGGAAAGUCCAAUAGUAAGAUCCUUGGCGAAGGCCCAUGAGCGCCUGGAAGAGACCAAGCUGGAGGCAGUUCGGGACAACAACUUGGAGCUGGUUCAGGAGAUCCUGCACGACCUGGCCGAGCUGGUCGAGCAGAGCAGCACGGCCGCUGAGCUUGCCCACAUCCUCCAAGAGCCACACUUCCAGUCCCUCCUGGAGACGCAUGACUCAGUGGCAUCAAAGAGCUACGAGACACCGCCUCCCAGCCCUGGCCUGGACCCCAUGUUCAACAACCAGCCUGUCCCCCCAGAUGCUGUACGAAUGGUGGGCAUCCGAAAGACUGCAGGAGAGCACCUGGGUGUGACGUUCCGAGUGGAGGGUGGAGAGCUGGUGAUUGCCCGCAUCCUGCAUGGGGGCAUGGUGGCUCAGCAGGGCCUGCUGCACGUGGGUGAUGUCAUCAAGGAGGUGAAUGGGCAGCCUGUGGGCAGUGACCCCCGGGGGCUGCAGGAAUUACUCCGAAGUGCCAGUGGUAGCGUCAUCCUCAAGAUCCUGCCCAGUUACCAGGAGCCCCACCUGCCUCGACAGGUGUUUGUCAAAUGUCACUUUAACUAUGAGCCAGCCAGGGACAGCCUGAUCCCCUGCAAGGAGGCCGGCCUGCGCUUUUGUGCCGGCGACCUGCUCCAGAUUGUUAACCAGGAUGAUGCUAACUGGUGGCAAGCAUGCCAUGUAGAGGGGGGCAGUGCCGGGCUUAUCCCUAGCCAGCUGCUGGAAGAGAAACGGAAGGCCUUUGUCAAGAGGGACCUGGAGAUGACACCAACCUCAGGUGCCCUGUGUGGCAGCAUUUCAGGCAAGAAGAAGAAGAGGAUGAUGUAUCUCACUACCAAGAAUGCAGAGUUCGAUCGGCAUGAGCUUCUGAUCUAUGAGGAAGUGGCCCGGAUGCCCCCUUUCCGCCGGAAAACCCUGGUGCUGAUUGGAGCACAGGGCGUGGGGCGACGUAGCCUGAAGAACAAGCUCAUCAUGUGGGACCAAGACCGCUACGGCACCACUGUGCCCUACACAUCUCGUCGGCCCAAGGACACCGAGCGGGAAGGCCAGGGGUACAGCUUUGUGACCCGGGCAGAGAUGGAGGCCGACAUUCGUGCUGGCCGCUACCUUGAGCAUGGAGAGUAUGAGGGAAACCUGUACGGCACUCGGAUUGAUUCCAUUCGAAAUGUUCUCAGUGCUGGCAAGGUGUGCGUGUUGGACGUCAAUCCCCAGGCAGUGAAGGUGCUAAGAACUGCUGAGUUUGUCCCAUAUGUGGUUUUCAUUGAGGCCCCUGACUUUGAGACCCUGCGUGCCAUGAACCGGGCUGCCCUGGAGAGUGGGGUGGCCACCAAGCAACUCACGGAGGCAGACUUGAAGCGGACGGUUGAAGAGAGCAGCCGGAUCCAGAGAGGGUACGGGCACUACUUUGACCUCACUCUGGUGAAUGACAACCUUGAGAGGACCUUCCGGGAUCUUCAGACUGCAAUGGAGAAGCUGCGGACAGAACCGCAGUGGGUGCCUGUGAGCUGGGUAUACUAACCCUGGUGCCCACCUCUGGCAUAGGGAUCUGCAUCCCCAUUCCACAAUCCUUAGUCACUCAGACCUCAUCCUCUGCUGGGAGGUGUCCUUGGGCAUCCUCUGUAGAGGUUCCCAUGGCCCUUAGCCCGGCUCCCUUGGGAAGCUGUGUCCACUCCUUGGGAUAAAAUGCCAGGUGGGUAAUGUAAGCUAGCAUCAGCUCUGAAGAAGAUACUGACUGUCAGGGUGAGGUAUGUUUAUGGGGCACCCUGGUGCCCAGGUGCUGCCCACCUUUCCCAUGCCUGUUAGCUAUUGGCCUACCUGGUGCCCUCUCCACCCUUCUCUAAGGGACCAAACUAUGCUUAGGAGGGUGGGGGGGGGAACGGGAGAAGCCCCUCCUCCCAAGGUGCCCAUCAGUCCAUAAAUGAGAAAAGCUGAUGCUUAGGUGAGCACCAAGGUUCCCCUGCCAUGUGUUUAUUUAGUCCCUUGUUCUCCUCAGGGCUAGCAUAGAUCUCCCCCUUCCUACUGAUGAGUCACUUAAUCCUGGGAUCCAGGGAUGGGAGAAUUAUUGUGGCACCAUCUAAAUGAAGUGGCCAUUGGUCCAGACCUGCCUAGGAGUUAGUUCUGCCUGGUGCUACCCUCAAAGCCUGGGGAAGACUGAAGCACAUGAUACCAGGGCCCAGGGGAAAAUGGGCACCAUCCUCUUUCUGGAUGUUCCUGGAGACCAGAAUGGAAUCGAUUGUGAAAGAUUCCCAGGGCUUAACCCGUCCCUCUCCCUCUCCCUUUCCCUCUCUCUCUCUCUCUCUCUCUCUCUCUCUCUCUCUCUCUCUCUCUCUCUCUCUCUCUCUCUCUCCCCUGCCCUCCCCCAAGUACACAGCAACUCACUGCCGAAGACUCCCCAACUAUAUCUCCCAGACCCCUGAGCACUGUUCUUCCCCAACCUCACCUGGGAGGUAUUGGGAUUGGCCUUGAGAAAGGAAAGCUAGAUCUCCUAUCUAAUUUCUGCUGAAGAUCUCUACCAACUUGGAAAAUCUAGUUAACCUCAUGCUCUGGGCCCAAUAUUCCCUGCUGUCUCAGCAGCGGGGGCUUAGGUUUUCCUCCUCAACUUCUCCAGACCAUCUGAGCACCUGCCUUUUCCAGCUGACAGGGCCUGGUUCACCUGGAGGGACUAGGAUGGAGAAGGCCAGGUGGGAAGGAAGCAUGAAGGGCGGAGCUUCUUUUGGCCACAUCACACUGGUCAUGUGUAUGAGACAUAGGUGUGGACCUCUCUUUCAGGAAGGGAUGGGUUAUUUUGCUCUCGAGGAGAAAUGUUGGAGUCUGUAGCGGGAUUGGAGUGAGUGGUCCCUACUUCUCCUUUGUAUUGUGAAGAUCCCUCUUUAAACUGCAGAGAAAUCCCACUUUCCAGAGUCUUAGAAAGGGUCAGAUUUUUGUCUCCCAAGCCCUAUUUCCAUGGCCCAUCCUCCAAUCACAUGUGAGGGCACACUGUGACCCCUAAUUUAGGAGUUUGGAGUAGUAUAGAGGUCAACUUUAUAAAAUAGAAUUCCCCUUUCAGAAGAGAAUGCUGUCUUAGAAUUUCCAGGGUCAUUUCAUUUAUUCCCCUGCCUUCUCAUAGGAUAGCCCUUUUAUCCCACAGGAAUCAGUAGGAAACCUCGCAGGGAAGAAAAAAACACCCACAAACCUCAGCCUCUCCCUGGUGUCCGUGUUUGGGGCCUCAGUCCUCAUCCCAAUCUACAUCCUUUCCCUAAUUUGAGGACCUAGCUAGUCCUUGUGUGUGUGUCUAACCUCAUCUUUCUUGCUGGCAACUCCAGCUGGCCCCUGAACCACUGUGCCCCACCUUACCCCACUCUACUGGGGAGGGAGGGAUGUCCCUUUCCAGGAGGCCCAAGAAACUAGUGCUCCCCAAUCCCUUCUUGCUUAGGACCCUGGGAGGGCCAGUGGUUCAUGAGCAUAUUCCUGAGAAGAGAAAGAGGAGAAACAUAUAUGAGAAUCAAGUAAAGAGAGAAUAA